AUGAGGACGAGAAGCCUUCCGAUGGAAGCCUUUAUCGCCAUGACCCUGUCGUUGACGGCGACCACCGCGAGUGGCCUCAACUCCUCCUCCCCCCUGGACUCGUCCACGCCCUCGUGGUCGUGGUGGGGUCUCUCGGAGGAAGCGUCCAACUUUUCCUCGGAGCCGACGGUGCAGAUGAGCCCCGAGCUGCGGCCGGCUGGCCCGGAGGUGAGCCCGUGGGACGUGGUGCUGUGCGUGACGGGCACCCUCAUCUCCUGCGAGAACGCGCUAGUCAUCGCCGUGCUUUUCUACACGCCUACGCUGAGGGGGCCCACCUUCAUCCUGAUCGGCUCACUGGCGGUGGCCGAUCUCUUGGCCGGCCUGGGCCUCAUUCUCAACUUUGUCUUCACCUACCUGGCUGACGGGUCGCCGGAGCCGGUCGGCCUGCUGUCAGCGGGACUGCUGCUGUCGGCCUUCUCGGCGUCCGUCCUCAACAUCCUGGCCAUCACGGUGGACCGCUACCUGUCGCUGUACAACGCACUGACCUACCACACUGAGCGGACGCUGACCUUCACCUACGUGAUGGUGCUCAUCAUCUGGCUGUCGUGCGUGAUGCUGGGCCUGCUGCCGGCGCUGGGCUGGAACUGCCUGCGAGACGAGACGGCGUGUAGCAUCUGCCGGCCGGUCACCAAAAGCAACGCCGUGGCGCUCGCCGUGGCCUUCCUGCUGGUCUUCGGUCUCAUGAUGCAGCUCUACCUGCAGAUCUGCAAGAUCGCCUUUCGCCACGCGCAGCAGAUCGCCGUGCAGCAACAGUUUGUGGUCAUCUCCACCACCAAGGGCGUCUCUACGUUGUCGGCCAUCUUGUGUGCCUUCGGGGCGUGCUGGCUGCCGUUUGCCAUGUACUCCAUCGUGGCCGACUCCAGCUACCCGGCCGUGUACACCUAUGCCGCGGCGCUGCCCGCCACCUGCUGCUCCGUCAUCAACCCCGUCAUCUACGCCUUUCGAAACCCGGACAUCCAGAAAUCGCUAUGGAUGGCCUGCUGCGGCUGCGUCCCGUCCAACCUCUCGCUCAGACCGCGGGCCUCCAGCGACGUGUAG